GAUAUACCUUAGCUGUCCUUAGAAGCUCUCAGCAUUUACAACUUUGAUAGCAAACAUCACUAACUAAACGCAAUCCGCAAUCAUGGCCGAACCAGAAGUUGCUACGAAGGCACCCGAAAGUGAUGCCGCAGAAGUUCCAGCAGUACCUGAAAGCAUCGUCCCAGGAGACACACCCGCGCAAACUGGCGCUUCAAUGGGAGGUCUAGGAGAAGUAAGGUCACUCCUCUGGAGCACGGCGCAAUGCUAACACGUUACAGCACUGUGUAAAGGAUAGGCCAACUCGUCAGUACUUCUACAGCUUACUUGCACAAAAUGCGCCGAACAAGACAGCAUGUGCUGACUUGAAGCAGCUUUUGGAGUUGGACCAAGCGGGGAAAUGACACAACUUGGAGGCAUAGAUGUUUACGUCUCGAAGCCGGCCGACUACCCUCAUGCACCGUCAAAGCUCCUACUUUUUCUUACCGGUGCGACGGGUCUCCACUCGGAAAACAACCAGAUCCAAGCGGACAGAUUUGCAAAAGAGGGAUACCUGGUCGUUCUUCCCGAUAUGUUUUCGGAUGAUCCUCUACCAGGCUCAGCUACAUACGAGGAGGAGAAGGACCCAUCUAUCAUUGAGCAGAUCAAGAUGCGUGCGGCUGAGACGGCGAAGUCAUUCUUGAUCGACAUGUGGCUGGCACGACAAACACCAGAAAAGGUCCUCCCAAUUCUUCACAAGGUUAUGGAUGCCGCCAAGGACGAAUUCGCGGAUGCUGUUGCCAAUGGCGGAGGAAUAUACUCAGUCGGUUACUGCUUCGGAGGUCGGAUGACAUUGCUCCUGGCAGGCGAGAAACCAGACACUGUCUUAUGGGGGCAGCAAGUCAAGGACGAAGAAGCGGGUGUUGUCAAGAAAGGUCCAUAUAUCAAAGCCGGCGCAAUUGCACACGCAACAUUGGUUACCAGGGAAGAUUUUGAGGGCACUAAAUCACCAUUGGCAUUUAUCUGCGUUGAGAAUGACCAACUGUUCGCGGAAGAGAUUAAGGAACAUGGCGAGAAGCACUUGAAGGAGAACAACAUUGAGUGCGAGUUCAAGACGUACUCCGGCGUACCACAUGGAUUCGGCGUCGUAGGAGAGUACGAGGAUGCAAAGAUUAAGGUAGCGCAAGCCGAGGCUUUUGAUCAGAUGCUAGCUUGGCUGGAUUCUCAUUGAAGGGUAUGCACUUGGCGUUCGGUAUGAUAUCAGGUA